AUGCUCCAGAAUCCCGAUCUCGCACCUGGCGCAAGCAUCAAUCGCUGGAUCCUGGGAAUCAUCACCUUCCAUUUCAAUCUUGUCCACGUCCCAGGCACCUUGCAUGGCCCCGAUGGGCUUUCGCGACGAACCGCGCAACCGGGAGAUGCACCCGUAGACAGCUCAGACAACUUCGAAGACUGGAUCGACCGCGUCCACGGUUUUGUUCACCACGUCCUGCCAGUGCCUUUGCGCAGUGUCCCCACAGUUUCUACGCCCAUGCAGCUCUUCGCCCUUGUAGAUGCGACUGAGGACGGUCGAGAUCUCAGUGGGGGGGAGGGCGCUACCACUGAAGCGACUACCCAGCAAGCGGCAAGGGCGAAGGCACGAGCAAAAGUCAGAUUCGCGACAGAAGAACACACACACGAGCUUCCAGUACCAGAGGGUCCUCCGGCGAUGCCCUACUCGGAACACGCGUCGCGAGUGGACAGACGUCUGCGCAACGUGAAGGAUUGGCUGCGGACACUUCAGCGUCCUGCGCACCUCAGCAAGGACUCCGCGCACGCGACCUUCAUCAACUGA